AUCGCCGUCGUGUCAGUCGAGCCGUGUACGUGUUUACCUACCUUAUCGCGCGACCUCCACUGUUCCAUUCCAUACUCUGUAGACCCUCGGCGUCUUCGACGACAACGACGGAGAGAAAACAAUGCCCCUUACCUCUUACCUAGUGUCAAGAUUGUAUGACAUAUUCACAUAAGUGCAUGCCAUCGCGGAAAAAAAAGUACCAUUCCUCUUCUCCAGCAGCCGCGUGCAGUGCAUGUUGUGGGGGGAGUGGCGCUCAUACGCGAUUCGCGUACACGGCGACGACGAGGGACAGCAGCGUUAUUUUACACGCAUUAUCUGCGAGCUUAUUCCUACAGUGACUAAAAGACUGGAGGAGACUAUACAGACUGAAUAACACUGCCCGAGCGCACCAGCUGUUCCUUAUAAGUACAGUCGUCCUGUCAGAGAGAAAGAUCGGUGAAGAGGGAGCCAGGGGAGUAUCGGGCAAAGGGUCAUGGGACACGAAAGGUGAUGAGCGUCGCGUGCCUGAACAGCAGCUCGGCCGUGGUCCUAGAGGAAGCCAUCGGUAUAAGGAACAGCACCGAGGACGAACACCGGGGCCGGGAUACGACGACAGCAGCGACGACCAUCGAACAGCCGAGGGACGUAUCGACGGACGAGCUGGCGCUCCUAGCCAAGCUGGAAGAGGCCAACAGGCUAAUAGAGUCGGACGCGAAGUCGCUGAGCUCGCUGCAGAGCGGCCACAGCCGCAAGGGCUCGGACGCGUCCCAGGCGUCCCUGGCCUCGGGCUGCAGCGCCAACAACAGCGGCAGCAACAAUGGCACGGCCUCGAACAAUUGCAGCGAGGCGGCGGCCCCGUCGGGCUCGGUUAACGCGAUCAGGCGCGACACACCCCCGGCGGACGAUGGCGAGGAAAAUUGGACGACCUGGGGUGGCAUCGUCAACGACUGGGACAACCAGUGGAAGAGGCGCAAGGAUUACAUCAAGGAACUCGUGCGCCAGGGCAUACCGCAUCACUUCCGAGCGAUCGCGUGGCAGUUGUUGUGCGGCGCCCACGAUUCACCGGUGAAGAAACAAUUCGCCGAGUACAUAAAGUGCACCUCGGCCUGCGAGAGGAUAAUUAGACGCGACAUAGCCCGGACUUAUCCGGAGCACGAUUUCUUCAAGGAGAAGGACGGCCUCGGCCAGGAGAGCCUGUUCAACGUCAUGAAGGCCUACAGCCUCUACGACCGCGAGGUCGGCUACUGCCAGGGCUCAGGGUUCAUCGUUGGGCUGCUGCUCAUGCAGCAAAUGCCGGAAGAGGAGGCCUUUGCCGUGCUGGUCGCCCUUAUGCAGGACUACCGUCUGCGGGACAUGUUCAAGCCGUCGAUGGCCGAGCUCGGGGUCUGCAUGUACCAGCUCGAGCACCUGGUCGCCGAUACCCAUCCGGAGCUCUACGCCCACUUCACGGCCCAGGGCUUUCACACGUCCAUGUACGCGUCCUCGUGGUUCCUCACGCUAUUCACGACAGCUCUGACCCUUCCGCUCGCCUGUCGCAUCUUCGACGUCUUUCUCUCCGAGGGCAUGGAGAUCAUCUUCAAGUGCGCCCUCGCCAUGCUGCAGCUCGGCAAGGAGGACCUGCUCAGCUUGGACAUGGAGGGAAUGCUCAAGUUCUUCCAGAAGGAGUUGCCCGGCCGAGCCGAGUCGGAUCCCGAUCGGCUCAUGACCAUCGCUUACAGCAUGAAGAUCAACCCCAAGCGGAUGAAGAAACUCGAAAAGGACUACACGGUCCUGAAGAUGAAGGAGCAGGAAGAGAUGGUCGAGCUGAGGAGGCUCAGGGCGGAAAACAGACUGCUCAGGCAGAGGACGGAACUGCUCGAGGCUGAAUCCGCUGAGCUGGCCGACAGACUGGUGCGAGGUCAAGUUUCCCGUGCAGAGGAAGAAGAGACGGCCUUUGUGAUCCAGCGGGAGCUGACCGCGCUGCGGCACACCCACUUGGAAACGUCGCACCAGCUGGAGCAGGCGCACGAGGAGCUGCGCUCGCUGUCGAUUCUGCUGGAAGAGAACGUCAAUUCGAAGCAGUCGUCGUUGGACGAGAUCAGUUCUAAGCAGGAGGAGCUCGGCCAAAAGGAGGAUAUGAUACAGUGCCUGCAGGAAGAGCUGGUGAGGGUGAGGCUGCGCGAGGCCGAGAACGAGGUGACGAUAAGGGAGCUCAGGGGACGCAUACAGGAGCUCGAGCAGGACAAAAAGACGCUUAGGGAAAGCACGCCCGACAACUCGGUGGCGCAUCUGCAGGAGGAGCUCAUCGCAGUCAAGCUCAGGGAGGCCGAGGCAAAUUUGUCGCUCAAAGAUCUCCGUCAGAGGGUAUCGGAGCUCAGCGUGGCGUGGCAGAAGCAUCUGCAGGAGCACAGAGCCUCACAUGCGGCCCCAGCUGCCGACUCGACGCCGAAAAAGCUUCUGUUUUGGGAAAAUCGGGGCCACGAGGUGCAGAAGCUCGAGGAGGAUCUGAUGACGACGCGGAUUCGCGAGAUGGAGGCGCUCACGGAGGUCAAGGAGCUCAGGCUCAAGGUCAUGGAGCUGGAGACGCAGGUGCAGGUGUCGACGAACCAGUUGCGCCGCCAGGACGAGAACGGCAAAGUACUUAGGGAUCAGCUCGAGGUGGCUCUGGCGCGCGAAAAGGAGCUCGAGACGAAGCUCAGGGAGGCACACGAUAGGUACACAGAUCUCGAGUCCAAGAUGAAGGACGACACGAUGAUGGCGAGGAUCAGGGACGCCGAGCACGCCCAGCAAGUCGCCGAGCUCGCGCAAAAGAUAUCGGUGCUCGAGUUAAAAAACGAAGAAAUGUACACCGAGGGCGAGCUGAGAAACAACAUGGAUGACAGCGAACGCGUACGAGAACUGCAAGACAAAGUUGCGGAGCUGAAGGCUGAAGUGUUGAGGCUGGAGAGUUGGAAGGAGCGCUGGACGGGGGGUAAGGGAUCGCCGGCCGUGCGUAGCUGCAGCAUCGACACGGAUAACGAGCUCGACGACCGGGACGACCUCAAGAUCAAUCUGCAGGACGCCGACUCGUAAUAUACAUAACAACAAUAACAACACCAAGUACUGUUUGAUAUAGUUAAAUAUCUAGACGCGCGUGCCGUCGAGUCGUCGUUCCGUGCGUGUGUUAAGUAUUCCUGGUUUUUUUUUCUUUUUUCCAAGUGGGUGCGUUUAUGCGGCGAGGAAGUGAUUUGUAAGCUCGGGGUCUUUUGUCGUCGACAGAGCUGUACUCGUCCUCCUUUUUGCCAUUUUUUAAAUCAAGCAUUUUUACGAAAAAAAAAAAAAAAAAAAAAAAAAAAAAAAUGUUCAUGAAAAGUGAAGGAUAAUUUGAAUGCAUGUUAAAACGAAUUUUCGUUUACUGCGUUUCAAGCAUAAUAUGUUAUAUAAAACAUAAUACAACUGAAUAGUUUUAUUUAUAGCGAAAGAAAAUGCUUGU